UGUCAAAACAAACACGCAAGUGUUGCUGCUAUAAGUUUGGAUCUGUGUGCUCUGUGUAAGGCUGAACAUUGACUUCAUAAAAUACUACCCUACAUUUAGAUCAAUGCUGCAGUUGUAGUAAUGAAUAGAAAACACAUUCAUUUGUACCAGUUGUGUCUGUUGCCGUAGUAACGGUUGCGUUGGCAACAUCGUGGAUGUUUACAGCAGAGCCAGUCGUCGUUAGGAUCAAUGGCGUCCUGUGUAACAGAGUGGAUAGUAACCUGUUCCAACAUCAUCCUGUCCGCCACUGCACUGUACUCUUCUUACAGACUUUUUAAGAAUCAUAGGGCCCCUUCAGUGGGCCUCUUCCUGCUAGGAGUUUCUGCAGCACUUUGCAUCUUUCAUCCAUCAAGCUCGUACCUCACCUCCAUCCAGAGAGAAGCAGAGUGGGCCAGCGAGGUUCUGGCUCCAGCGUUGGUCUCCUUUGACUUCCUGUGGCUCAGUGAAGACCGCAACACAGCACAUAUUCUCCUGUGUGGCUCUUGUCUGCUGUUGGGGCUGUGUGACUGGCUCUCUACAGAUGCUCUCGCAAUGAUGACACGCUGCCUGGGCCUGUCUUCCCUGUCCUGCUGCCUGACGGUGUGUCUGUUUGCUGGUAAUGCUUUAGGUGCCUUUGGCGGUGUGACUCUCAGCCUCCCGUUGCUUGUGGCUCCGAGGGUCAGAACAAACACUUUGGCUCCACUCAUUUCUCCGGCUGCAACUGAGGGACUCAUGAAGUGGCUUUUAAAAGGCUCCAUGUCUGUUGGCUGUUGGGCCUCCACUCAGGCCCUCAGGAAAUUUCUGUUGGAUGUGUCCGACCAAUGUAACAUAGGCAUUUAGAAAAACACACUAGCACUAAAAACUGGACCUAUGCAAAAAAUAAUGUGCCUAACUUAAAAGCAUUUUAGGACAUUUUUUGAGAAAGAUGAGUUAACUUUAUUGCCAUUAGAACACCAAAUGUUUGCCUCAGUGAGCUCAUAGUGUAACAGAACUGACACAAUUAUUAUUACAUUAUUAUUAUUAUUAAAGGUAAUAGAACCAUUAUAUACAUAAGAACAUAUACAAUGUUUAACAUUUAACUUCCAUCCAGUAAUGCUGACAUGAUAAGUUGAUUAAUUGAUUAGUCAAUCAACAGCAAAUAAAAUGGCAACAAUUUUUAUAAUGGAUUCAUUGAGCAAAUAUUAAUUAUGGUGCCCCAGAGUAGCUGGUUCCAGCUAAAUGUGAGGAUUUAUUGUUUUUCUCUUUGUUGUGUCAUUAUGAAUUUAAUAUCCUUGGGGUUAAGACUGACAAUGAGCAGUUUGGGGACGUCACCUUGGGUUCUGGUAAAUAAUAAAUAAUAUAGAUUAAAGGUUACAUUUAAAUUAUUUAAUCAAAAAAAUAAUGAAGGGUUUAAACAAAUAAUACAAUUGUUAGUUGCAGCACUAGUGUCUAAAUUGGACUCCACAUGCAUUAAAGUACAACAUGCCUUUACAUAUGGGUGUUUGAGGAAAGAAUACAAGAAAUUAUUGAGCAAAACAAUUAGGCUGAGAUACAUGGAAAAAUGAAAAAUGAAUAACUGAUUUCUAUCUCUGUUUAAAAGUGAAAAAAGUCAAAUUGUCUGCCUGGGGAUGGGAAGUCAAACGGAAGGUGGGAGUAUUUCAGAAAUAAUCCCGUCCUUGCAUUAAUGUCUUACAGGAAUUUACAGUAGCUGCUAAACCAAGACCUUGACUGAACUUCAUAUGAACUUAAUUUGAAUAAAAAGCACAGGAUUAAACAAAAUAACAAUACCAGAGAGCAAACUCUUUUGCAUGAGAGUAUGUGAACACAGUUUACAACUGAUAGCUCAUGGUGGAUUCACUGUGGUGUAACAAUAAGCCUUUUAUAUACUGGCAUUGCCUGGGUGACAUCUAUUGAGCUAUUUUUAAAAUUUAACAAUGAUGUAGGCAGCAUGUGGGUAUUGUAAUUUCCACGAACAUUUAUUGUACAUUUCCAAGAACGUCUAGCAGGCUGCACUCACUCCCAGGUCAUUUACAUCCUCCACACAUCUCUCUGUGAACAGUUUUAGUGUUGUACACUCCAAAAAACACCCAGCUGCCUCAGAGUCUGGGUACUAUUUGUUCUGCAGCCUCAGCAGUAUCACUGUUUAAAUAUCUGCAAUGCUCUUAUCUCGCCCAUUUGAACCGUAUCAAUGCACUUAUUACCCCCUUGGUUUUUAGUGGCUGUAAUGGUAGCAGAAAUGACCUCAUCUCUUUAACUCACUGUCACGAAUAAGGUUUGUCCAUAGUGUUGUCUAUGUGAGUUAUUAAUAUUCUUUACAGAGAUUUGAAGUGGACACAGCAGAUUCUCUAAGGAUUUCAGAGUUGUGUGCAGCUGCAUCAGCAGUUUUGCUGCAGUAUAUGUACAAGCAUCUGCAGCUCAGUGUCUGUCUGUGGGACAAUGCCUUUGUCAGACCUCAGGGUACAGGUGACCACGGACAUAUUCAAGGUAUUCAGUAAUUCUGUGGACGUUUGUGAGUUUAAGCUGCCAAAAUGAUCAUGAUAACUGUGUUUUUUGUAAUGAUUCAUCAGUCAGUUCAUGUCUUUCUUUGGAAAUGUGUUUUUAAAAAUGUAAAAUGUUGUCUAUUUGUUCUUUUAUUUAAUUGCUAUUUGUUGAAACAAUGUUAAUAUUCACUAAGGGAAGUCAACUUAACUUAAAUAAAUUGUGCAAAAUCAUUAUCAAAAA